AAUGAUGCUUGCAAGGAUUGCCCAACCCUAGGUCUUGGUUCCUUUUCCGCCUACACACUACAAGUACAUGGAACUAUUACUCACGCUCUUUCAUCUUCUCUUGUUUGAUUUCUUUUUUCCAUCUCAAACUCCUUUUCAAACUAGUCCAGGCGAUCUUGACUCUCCAGAAUCUGUCAUGGAUGACUGGCUAUUUCCUACAAACUUUACGUACACAUCAGCAUGGACUACAUCUUCUCUCGUUAACAAGCCUUCCGUUAAACACAUCGACUUGUCGAAUGAAGAAUUAGGGGUACAUCGGAUAAGUACAAGGACCCCUCCAUGCGAAGUCGUGUCAGCCCCGAAUGUCUCUACAGACAGACCGCAGAAAGCCUGGAGAGCCGUAUAUCCUGAGGGCAGUAUCAACCCAAAGGGGGCAAUACCUGGAGGCUUUGGUUUUUAUCUCAGUGGACCGAGUGACUUUAAGGAUAGGCUUCCUGAGGCAAAGGAAGUGAUUUUUGGGUAUUCGGUACUGUUUCAGGAAGACUGGGAAUGGGUAAAAGGCGGCAAAUUACCCGGCGCAUUUGGAGGUGAAGGACGAAGUGCAUAUUCUUGCACUGGAGGUCGGAAAGAAGGCCGUGAUUCUUGCUUCAAUUUACGACUCAUGUGGAGAGGUGAAGCUGCCGGAGAACUCUAUGCUUACCUACCGUUAUACGACGAAAAUACUUCUCGGCUUCUAGAGAUCCCUCCCAAGUCGUUUCGGAAUCCUGACUAUGGCUUCUCCGUCGGGAGGGGCGCUUUUACAUUCAAAGCAGGGAAUUGGACUACAAUAACGGAGCGUGUAAAGCUAAACGACAUUGGUGUUGCGAACGGCGAGAUUGAGAUUCGUAUAAAUGGAAAUUCCUCCAUACUCGCAACCGGUUUGAUCCUUAGGACGACUGAAGAAUCAGCUAUUCAGGGGAUGCACUUUGAGACUUUCUUUGGUGGACAUACCUUAGAUUGGGCUUCACCAAAGGAUCAAUACGCGUGGUUCGCUGAUAUCUCCGGGGCGAUUAUUGUGUGAACUUUACCAAACCUUGCAUGGGACAUCUUUUUAGCUGGUUCAGGAACGGAGAAUAUAUCAACUGACGUCGGAUUUGUCAACUUUGCGACAAUUACAACCAAUUGCGCGGCUUAAUUCACCUGCAACUACACAAUCUCCAUGCUGUAAGAUUUUAAGGAAACAGCACUGAGGGCUGAAAAAUCAUCUGGCUCUGGCACUACUGGCCCAUAACGUCGAGGUUGCCUUGCACCACUGCAGGUGCUGUUGGAAGAUGACGAGGCGCGGGAGGGGGUGAAGGCUUGGCAACGCAAAGAGGUAGAACUAUUAUGAGCUCGGUUCGAGCGCAAAACAACACACCGAACUUGCAAUGUCUUCCAUCGUACACCUUCAUGCACCCUCACCUCUGUUAUUGCAGCUCGCUUUGCAAUUGAAUUCUUACUGUACAACCUGAUCCCUUUGCGUAUCAUGCCGUAUCCCGCCGCUCAAUGCAACCUACAUACUCGUAUAUGUACGCUCGCAUUGCUCCAGCCGCCCUUUGAACUGUCCAAGUACCUGCUCUGGCAGACGCAUACGAACCUCAUUCCUGCCUUCUGCCGUCAAAAAUCGUGCAAAAUCAAUUAUUGUUGUCUUUCCAGUCGCAAAGAUUGUCCAAGUCGGGAAGGAUGGGGUCGCUGAUAUACUUCCUUGUGCUCGCAUUCGUGACUCUCACAGGCAGAGUAGUCGCAUCUACUCACAAUGCGCGAAAGAGGAAGGUGGAGCGCGGACCUGAGAAGGUUGAACUACAGGUCUUUGACGAGAAGGCCGAAAUUCGCGAGGCACUAGGAGGGGCAACGAGUCCGAGCUUGCCAAUGUUCCGCAUUCGACGGACACUCUUCCCGUCUGGCGCUUGCAGUACCCUUGAAGGUACCUUGAAGGAGAAACAGGAAGCUCUCCUUACGGAGCGAAGCAAUUUAAAGAAGACUCUCAGAAUCAUAAUUCCUGGUGGCGAGGUGUGUAAUUUCCGAGGCAUCUCAACAUUCGAGUAUAACGUUCAGUUAUAUGCUUUCGGAGGAUAGGCGUUGAGAAGGCGUCCGCGAGUUUCGGAGAUCCCACCUUCUUUCAAUUUCUACGCGGAGCAACGACAGAGGGGACAAGACGCCACAUCCAUCUCAACGCUCGCCACAUCCAUUAAUGUACCUAAAGUUUAUACUGCAUUAGCUACGGAAAAAUCGCCUCCUAUUCAUACGGAAGCGACAACAAGAAAGGCAUCACCUUGGUCUUAUGAAUCGGACGCCUCUAGUAUGGUAUUGUCAAAUGGGGUCGACAAUGACCGGAUUGACGCACACUCACAUGGUAUUUCACGUGUUGGAAUACUGAAGAUCGAACGGAUGGAUAAACAAUUUCGCGUUGCAAAGAGUUUCAUCGGCGACUGAUGAGACAAUGGUCCGGUUGUCAACCUUGUUUGACCUAGUUAGUGGUGGUUUUACUUUCUUGUUGAUUUGUCAUGGACUACACCAGCUUCGGGACAUUCAUCCUCAUUCUGC